AUUCGUGCCACUCACUGCCGUCCUCUGCGCGUCCUCUGCGCCGGAAGCGCACCGAAGGAGAAAAACGACAAACUCUCCGCUACUCCCUCCAUCCAUGGCGAAUGUUCAAUCUCCUGCUCUCUGUAGUCUCUUUUUAACCAUGGCUUCAACCUCUAACAACGUCACCGCAGCAAGGCUUGCCCGCAACUCAUGUGACUCAUCCACUCCAUCCCAUCGCUCAAAACGCUGGGCCCAAAUCGGAGUCCCUUCCGCAGGUCUUCGCUUCUCUCUGCUUCCCACCAUUCGCAGAGUGCGAAUUUCUCUGAUUUCAUCAAAAAUUAGGGUAUAUCCUUCGUCGUUUCGUGCGAGCGUGCAGUUGCCCAAUGGAAUCAGGCCGGGUGGCCGAGUGGAGACGGAUAAGCUGACGUCCGAUGUGCGGAAGCGGGCAAUGGAUGCCAUUGAUUCGUACGGAGGAAGGGUUACGAUUGGAGAUGUGUCGAGCAGGGCAGGACUAAAGUUAAACGAGGCUGAGAGAGCUCUUCAGGCGAUUGCCGCUGAUACUGAUGGAUUCUUGGAGGUUUCAGAUGAAGGCGAUGUUCUUUAUGUUUUCCCAAAGGAUUAUCGUUCAAAACUUGCUGCCAAAUCUUUUCAAAUGAAACUCGAGCCUUUGCUGGAUAAAUUGAAGGGAGCAGGCGAGUACAUAAUCAGGGUUUCUUUUGGGACAGCACUUAUUAUGUCAAUUGUUCUGGUAUACACAACAAUAAUUGCCCUUGUUUCAAGCAGAAGUGAUGAUGACAAUCGAGGAAGACGUGGGGGGAGAUCAUAUGAUUCUGGUGUUACUAUUUUCUUCAGCCCGUCAGACUUAUUUUGGUAUUGGGAUCCUUAUUAUUACAAGAGGCGGCGGGCAAAGGCUGAUGAUGGAAUGAACUUCAUUGAAUCUGUUUUCUCAUUUGUUUUUGGUGAUGGAGAUCCAAAUCAAGGACUUGAGGAGGAGAGAUGGAAGCUGAUUGGACAGUAUAUUUCUUCAAAUGGUGGUGUUGUUACCGCUGAGGAACUUGCUCCUUAUCUUGAUGUGGAACCUAUGGAUAAAGCAGUU